AUGAAUACAGUAUGUUCCAAAUGUGAAAAACCCGUGUACUUCGCUGAACGCAAAACUUCUUUGGGCAAGAACUGGCACCCGUCAUGUUUAAAAUGUGAAGAAUGUGGUAAAAUCUUAGCACCUGGUGCACAUGCAGAGCACAAGGGAUUGCCGUACUGUCACCGACCGUGCUACGCUGCUCUUUUUGGACCUCAGAUGGUCGGUUAUGGGUCAAAUGUCCAUUCUCCGGCCAACUACAGAAAGAGUGGUGACCAUGGUACUUUGUAUAACGAGGAACUGCCGUCUUUCGCCCCUAAAAUGGUUUACGAAGUUCAGGUGAACGACAAGCAGACAGAAGUAAUUCGGCGAAGAUCGGAUGUGUAUUCUAGUCAGACUGUCUUAUCGUCUAUAGAGUCAGAUACCCCAAUGUCUGUACCUCAGUUUGAUUCGGAAACACAAGAACUGCUACAAAAGAUUAAAAAUUUCAACAGCUACUAUGAGGGGAAAACGAGACAGUCAUUAUCAGCAAACACAAACAGUCCUGACCUAGUCAUACAGGGCCCAGUCAGGAUCUACUGGGGUGUAUUUAAGCCUAUACAGCUACAGCACUGCGACAAUGUGCCGUCAAAUCUGCACCAAACUAACUGGCGGCACAGCUUUAUCCCAGGGGACAUCCACCAAGGUCAGGAUAACACCCCUGGUAACAAUGGGUUCCCCCGUCCGCGGGCAGAGGAGCCAAGUCCAUCUACCUCCUCACGAGUACCUGACCUCCUGGAGAAUCUACCUAAGCUGUCCUUGGAGGAGCCGUCAUCCCCAAGUCAUUCAAGUAAGGGGUUUGAUGAUAGUAUCAUUCAGACUCCACCAGAGGGCGUGGUGAUGAGGAGGAAAAACAUAAAGAAGUUCAACACAGUAGCAUACCGGGGUGAUUCACGACCCAACAAGUGGAAGCGAGCAUCCAUCAAUGGUCACAUCUACAACUUUGAUACACGGGUGUUCACUCCAGUGAUGGGCAGCUGUACAAGUGUAACUGUUGACAGUACAUUCUCCACACCAGAUGUCAUCAAAACACUGCUGGAGAAGUUUAAGAUUGAAAACCAGCCAGAUGAAUACUCACUAUAUUUAGUAACAGAAAAUGCAGGAGAAAGGCUUCUGAGGGAUACUGAUAUUCCCCUACUGGAGAGGGUGGCUCUUGGACCUGAUGAGGUCUCAAAGUCCAAGAUAUUCCUGAGGGACAAAGUGGCCACACCCAGGAAGUCUUCCCUUGUCCAGCUGGCGGUACCAGAUGUAGUGGUGGAAGAGGAGGAUGUAGAGGAACCUGUGCCAAAACCAGAACCACGAUUACCACAUGAGGUGGAACAGCUAAUCUCUAUACCAGAACCAGUACUACGAGGGAUUCUUCAGAAGUUCCUCAAAGAUGAAGAAACAGAUAUACAGAAUGUCAGAGCAAGAUUUUCUGUGGCAAAAAAGAGGAUCAAAGAGGAGAUCGCCAAGAUAAAAACAAAGAUGUGACCUUGUGAUGUAGUGGUAGAAACAAAUUAAAUUAUUGACAAGUUUUUGUGAUACUUGACAGGUUAUUUGAAGUAAAAUAUGUUCUCCCACAGUUACUACAUCUCGGUGUUAUCAAGUGAGGGCAUGGCGAUUUAUAUGAUGUUGGUGAGAAGAAAAGUAGUUUUACAGAGACGAGUAAGGCAGUUUUGUUGUUUUGUUAACGACAUCCUGGUACAUACUGGGUAGUUAUAAAGUUCCGUAUCAAUUCAUUUACCGUAUACAAUGUAAUGUAAGGAAAAGUUUAAGGAUGAGAAUUGAUUUCAAAAUUUGGGUAAUACCAUGCUUAAAUAGUUGCUUUGAUAUCAAAACUCUUUGGCAUGAUUUUUUUCUAUUUCAAUUAAAAAAAAACUUUAAAGAAUGUUCAAUUGUGAAAAUGUUUAAACUCACCUUUCAGACUUUUUUUCUCUCCAUUUUUUUUUAUAACUUUUUGUUGUGGUUAUGGCUGAUUUUGAUGCUGAGGUUGAAUAGUCUCUAAUCAUUUUAUGAAUCUUUUAGACAUUUUUAAUUUGAAAAUGUCAUACCAUAGAUCAUUUGUUUAAUUAAA